AUGUCUACAUUCUUUGAUGAAAUGAAAAAGUCCUUUGCGGAUGUUCCUGUUACUGACGGUAAGAUUGAUACUGCCAGCUUUUUAGAAGCAUCUGAAUCUUUAGUCAAAUUAUUUGACUUGUUAGGUUCAUCAGCUUUCCAGGUUGUUCAGAAGGAUAUGACUGGUAAUAUUACUAAAAUCCGUACUAAAUUAUUGGCUGACCCAGCUGGUUCUGGUACUUUGCAAGAUUUAGUUUUGUCUGAAGCCAACACUAAGACCAAAACUGCUACUCAAGGUUUAUUAUGGUUAUCCCGUGGUUUACAGUUCACCAGUCAAGCCAUGAGAGAGACUAUUGACAAUCCUUCUAAGGAAUUAACUGUCACUUUCACAGAUGCCUACUCCAAAACUUUGUCACAAUAUCACGGUAUGUUGGUCAAGCCAAUCUUCAAGUUAGCAAUGAAAGCUUGUCCAUACAGAAAAGCCUUCUUUGAAAAGCUUGGUGCAGAUCAAACCAAGGUCGAAGAACAAUUAAAGGCUUGGUUGAAAGCUUUGGAAGAUAUUGUCAAAAUUAUUCUCGACUUCUUUGUUUCUGGUAACUACGGUAAAGGCUUGUAA